AUGACCGAGAGCGUGCUCGACGUCUCGUCCGUCUACUACUCGACCAGUCUGCCGGUGAUCGGCGACUCGGGCACGUUCGGCGCGUGCUGCGGCUGCGCCGGCCAAGCCGAGGCCACCAGCGUCCUCAAGGACGUCUCCACGCGGGUCUACGGCGGCGAGGUGCUGGCCAUCCUCGGCUCCAAGGGCUCGGGCAAGCGUGCCCUGCUCGACGUCGUCGCCGGGCGCACCGCCAAGGGCGAGACCCGCGGCCGAGUCAGUCUCAACGGCAGCCUCCUCACGCCCGAGCUGUUCCGUCGUCACGGCGCUUACGUGUCCCAUCGUUGCCACCUGCUGCCCUCGCUCACGGUCCGUCAGACUCUGCUUUACGCCACCCGGCUGGCGGGUCUCUCGGGUCAGCGGGACUCGCGGGUGCGUCAGACUCUGGCGGAUCUGGCGCUGUCGCAGCUGGCCAACAGGCCCGUGGCGGAGCUCACCAAGCCCGAGUAUCGCCGACUGAUGCUGGGCGUGCAGCUGGCCAAGGAGCCGCUGCUGCUGCUGCUCGACGAGCCCACCUGGGACACGGAUCCGCUCAAUACCUACCUGAUCGUGUCGAUGCUCUGGUCGUACGCCACGAGGCGAGGCAGCAUAGUGCUGCUGACCAUGGAGACGCCGAGAUCCGACGUGCUGCCGUUCGUCGCCAGGGUGACGCUGCUCUGCAUGGGUGGCACGGUGUACUCGGGCCCGACCAGGAGCAUGCUGGAUUACUUCACGUACAUCGGGUUUCCGUGCCCGGAGCUGGAGAAUCCGCUGAUGUACUAUCUCUGUCUGGCCACCGUGGAUCGUCGCACUCGCGACCGCUUCUACGACUCGAACCAGCAGAUCUCGGUGCUGGUCGACAAGUUCAAAGCCGAGGGCGGCUCCUUCCUCAAGGAGGCGCCGGCCUCGAGCCUCGGCGGGGCAGCGGCUGCCUUGGCCCUGGCCAAGGCCGACAACGGCGGCACGCCCACGUCUUCCCAGCUCGCCCCGACGCCCUCGUCCAUGACCCAGCACCACCAGCAUCACCACCACCAUCAUCAUCAUCAUCACAAUUCGCCGUCGUCGGUGGCCGCGGGCCAGACGACCGCCACCAUGUCGUCGCACAAGUCGCUGCAGAGCCGGGGCGGCGUCAAGUCCGGCUGCUGCUCGACCCUGCUGGCCCUGUAUCUGCGCAGCUUGGCCGCCACCUUCGCCAUCAAUCGCUCGGGCGUCUGCCACUUCGGCGCGCGCCUCUUUCUGCUGCCGUUCCUCGUCGCCGCACUGAGCGUCUAUUACUCGCACUCGGAGCCCGAGCAGUCGACGGCUUUCUUGCAGACCAACGGUCUGGUGUUCAACGUGCUGACGCUCUUCUAUCUGGCUGGGAUCGUCGUCACGGUGUUGCUCUUCCCAGGCUUUCGAGCGCGCUACUACCAGGAGCAGCGCGAGGGCCUCUACGGCGGCACGAUGUUCAUCGCCUCGUACUCGCUGCUCAGUCUACCGCUCAGCUUCGUCUCCACCGUCAUGAGCGUCGGCAUACUCGUGCCCAUCGUCGAGCUCGCGGAUUUCUCCGCCUGGGCCAAAGCCACCGCCGUCCUGUGGGCCUCGUUCGUCUGCACCGAGCAGCUCUGCUGCGGCUGCAUGAUGCUCGUCAAACGGCCCGCCACCGCAGCCUGCGCCGUGCUCUACUUCACCCUGGCCAUGCUGCUGCUGGCCUCGGGCUCGCUGCGCAGUCUCAGGGCGCUGCCCGACUGGCUGAGGCCCCUGACUCUCGGCUGUCCCGAUCGUUACGCCUCGCUGGCCCUGAAUCAGCUGGCCCUGGACACGGAGCAGUUUCGCGGCUUGAGAUACAACGCGACGGUCGCCUGUCUGCCCGCCGGACCACCCGAGCUCUGUCGCUACGCCGACGGCGCGGCCUAUCUGAGGGAGCGCUUCGUCGCGGAGGAGGACAGCGUGUCGCGGGUGCUCAACGUCGAUCUCAAUCUGCUGAUAUGCGUGGCGCUGUCGACGGGUCUGGUGCUGCUCAACGGGGUGCUGUACAUGCUGCCGCUCUCGGCCAGCUUCAAGGCCAAGUUCCGAGAGUGAGAUUGUGUAUGGAUUUUGUCACGAUCGCCUGGUUAAGUUAUAAUUGACGUGAGAAACCGACGAAGCCGAUACGCGAUAGAAAGUAAUAAUGGACAAUUUUUUGAAAAAAAAAUUUUUUUUUAAAGUAUUUAAUUGUUCGAUUUUACACGAGGCUUUGGCAGCAGCAGCAAAGUUUUUUUGUUUUUGGUGACAAGUGCAAUAAUUAAAUG